UCCCCCAUAGAGUUCAAAACGACACCUUUUCUUAGAAGCAUACUUUUACUGAUAGAUACUCUAAACAAUAUUAGACGCUUUGAUUACAUUCCAAUGAAAUACUAGUGCAAUGAAAUACAAAAGGAAUAAUUGUGAUCUGCAAUAGUGUAUAGAAACAACUAUGAUGCCCUAUGUAUACAGUAUAAAUAGAAAGUACUCCUGUGCUGGGUAAACAUUUUGAUAGGCAACUACUUUAGUUUCCCAGGUCUAAGUCACACAAGUAAUCUAUACAAACUCAUUACUACUUGCAUCCAGUACUGAUGAUCUAUGUGCUAAUUGCUAAAAGAGUCUUACCCAUUGUGGCUGCAGAAACACUCUCCCUCACCCCUAUGUACUUUGAGAUACUUCUUUGUCAUCCUCCAACUAAGCCCUGUCCACUGCAGUGAGGAUGGGAAAGUAACAGUUGGAAAUGUUGAACUAAGGGAAAUAAGUGACACACUGUAUAUAGUAUUUAUAGAUCCUCCUGUACAAAUCUCAUCCCCAUCACCACUGAUCUUCACUGGUCACCAAUGUAAGAUUAUGUGAUCAGUGGGGGAGUUAUACAGUUACACAUAUUCCUAGGUGGUACAAUCCCUAAUCUAAAUCAACUGGAAAAAAAAAUGAACUGGUGCUUUAAUACUACGCUGAUGUUACCAGGCGGAUCGGACACACCAGACCAGAGGACACUGUAAUGAGAUUCACAUAUCCCUGCCAAAACAAACGGUUUUAGAACACCCAAUGCAGAUAGAAUUAUCACCACUCAUCACGUCAGUUGCUUACAGGCCGCCUGCCUUGUAGUGAAAGGGAAGAAAAAGCAUGCCAAUAAGCUCCGAAAAAGGGAGAAACCAACUGAAAAAAACAUCAACAAGGCAUUUUCAUCCCCACAACUGCCACUCACUGGAUAUUUUGUCUUUUUUGGACCAUUCUCUAUAAACCUUACAGAUGGAUGUGCAUGAAAAUCCCAGUAGAUCAGCAGUUUCUGGCACUAACAAGCAUGCCACAUUCAAAGAAGAAGGUAACAUGGCUCCUGAGAGAAUCCUCAUCACUGGAUGCAACAGAGGGAUUGGCUAUGAAAUGGUCCGGCAGCUGACAGAACAACAAUGUCCGCCUAAGCAAAUCUUUGCAACUUGUCGUGAUCCCAGCUCUCCUCAGAAUAAGAAACUGAAUGAUCUUGCUGCAAAAUAUCCAAACGUGAUUGUGAUAAAAUUAGAGCAGAUACAGCUAUAUCCCAUCUUGGCCAGUGAUUGGCUUAACCGGCCGGUCCUGCACCAUGAGCUUAUCUCUAAAGCCAAAGAAGAAGGCAGAAGAUUCCUGCAGAGUGAAACCACAGAUGCCAAUAGCAUCAAAGAGGCUGUAAAGGAGGUAAAAAAACAUCUGAAUGGAGCUGGGCUGAAUUUAUUGGUUAAUAACGCAGGGAUCAUGCUGAAUAGCAAUCUUGAGUCUGCGGACUCUGCCGACUUCAUGAAUGUUUACAGCACAAAUGUAGUUGGACCAUUUUUGCUGGCAAAGGAACUUCUGCCAUUUUUAAAAAAGGCUGCAGAAGAAAAUCAUCAGAAACCUUUUAGUUGGAGCAAGUCUGCUAUAAUCAAUAUUUCCUCACAGUUAUCAUCAAUAGAAAACACACCAGAGUGCUAUAACAUUCACCCAGUGCCUUCCUAUCGAUGCAGCAAGGCUGCUCUUAAUAUGCUCACAAAGUGCCAGUCUUUGAGUUACAAGAAAGAUGGCAUUUUGUGCACUGCUGUCCAUCCAGGAUGGGUCCAAACAGACCUUGGAGGCCCUGAUGCACUUCUCACAGUGGAGCAGAGUGUCCAAGGAGUUCUCAAGGUUCUGUACAGCCUUUCUGAGGAGCAUUCUGGAAUUCUCAUUACCUGGGAGGGAAAUAUACUCCCUUGGUGAAAUACAUGCAGACAUAUUGUUGAUUUAUUCUGUUGCAUCUUCUCAUUUUAUGUUGCCAUGUUGUUGCAAAUGUAAAAAUGUUUAUUUCCAAUAAAUUUGGACGUUGAAAAAAAAA